GCGUUUUCCCUCUGCUUUCAAUUUUUAAGUAGUUAAUUCUGAUUCUAAAACUUUUUUAAUCUUAACUACAGAAGCAUCUGAUUCCUUCCGCCACUACCCAAAGUUGAAGAGGAAUUUCAUUUCAUUUCAGUCCCUUUUAUUAAUUCUUCGUUUCCCACGACAGUAUCAUUAAUUAUUAACCCAACUGAAGAUCAAGAUCACCCAUCAUCAGAGAUGUUACUGUUCUUUAUUGGGUUGAUUUUUGGCGCGAUUUCGAUACUGGGUUUGGAAGCUUUGGCUGUUUUUUAUAUUAUUAAUCGACUUACUAAAAAACCUGGAAUUAAAUCUUCAAAGCAGUCUGCUCAAGUUCUUGAUUCUCAACACUCGCUUGAUUUUGCUUACAAUAAACAGGGGCCUGUUUGGGUUCUGGAAUCAGAGAAACUUCCCAAAGAUAAGUUACCAAAAGAACAAAAGAGAAAAAAGGAUAUUUUGGAGGUUUAUCCCAUUCGCAAAUAUGCAAAACUCAAGGAUCAAACCCUUCUUUUGAAGGAAUCUGAUGGUUCCCAUACAGCUAUUCCGCUCAAAGGUUGUGUAAUAGAAGCUGUUUCAGCCUCGACUCUACCUUCAAGAAAAUGGGCCAAAAGGUUCCCUAUAAAAGUUGAAAGCAAGUCCUCAAUAAUAUACAAUUUGAGUAAAUUAAUCUACAUUUAUCUUGAGACUUCUUGGGAGAAGGAGUCAUGGGGUAAAGCCUUACGUCUUGCUUCAUGUGAUGACAAGAAAAGGCUAGAAUGGUACACCAAGUUGAACAAAGAAUUCCACAGUUACAUUAUAUCCUUAAACAUAGGAUAUCCUUCAUUUAUGAAACCCUCUGUUGGUUCGACUGUUGAGCCAUCUUCAAUGGGCACCAUUGGUGAACCAAUUGAUAGGUCUGGUAGGUUUGAUGGUUCUUCGUCGAGGGUUAGACACCUUUGGAAAAAAUUUUCCAGAAAGGCUUUACAGCCUUGUGUGGAUAAUAAGCCACUUUCUUCAUACUCAAGCCGUGAAGAGAGAAAGGUUUAUGAUAAAUUACAUCCAGCCCAAGAUUCUGUUUUGAGUUCUAGCUCUGCAAAAUCUGGAACAACAAAGGUGCCAAACAAUUCUGGAGAAGAUUAUGCUGAACCACUGUCAUCAAUGUUUCGUCCAUCAGGAAGCCAAAUUCAAAUUUCUGGUUUCUCCGACUCAGAAUCUGAUGACAAAUUUAUUACAGAAGAGGCAACUCUCUGCUGUAAUUUGUUAAUCUUUCGGCUGUUUUUUGAUGCCAAAAGCCACUUGGGAAUGAAAAGUUCCCUUCAGGCCCGAAUUCAGAGGACACUCUCGAAUAUGAGAACACCCAGUUACAUUGGUGAAAUCAUCUGUACAGGAAUUGACGUUGGGAAUCUUCCGCCUUAUAUCCAUGGUAUGAGGGUACUUCCCAUGGACAUGCAUGAAGCAUGGGCCUUUGAAGUCGACUUUGAAUAUUCUGGUGGAGUAGUAUUAGAUGUUGAAACAAGACUCGAAGUUUGCGAAUUAGAUGCAAAUUCAGAAUCAAGUUCAGUUGGGGAUGUUUCUUCAGACCUUCUUGAAGGUUUUGAAUAUUAUGGUAAACAGUUGAAUAUUUCUGAAGGGAAUAUCGGGGAACAAGUCCAAAAGAGUGAAGAAGAUGCUAAACUUGAUGGCUUGAAAAACAGCAAAAGCACUACUUUGGCAGCAACUUCAGUGUCAAGGUGGAAGUGUAUUCUGAAUUCUAUAGCCAAACAGGUUUCUCAGGUGCCUCUCUCUUUGUCCAUACGGGUUGCAUCUCUUCGGGGAACAGUGCGUUUACAUAUAAAGCCGCCACCUUCUGAUCAAUUAUGGUUUGGUUUUACAUCCAUGCCUGAUAUAGAGUUUGACCUGGAGUCAGGUGUUGGGGAUCACAAGAUUACUAGUGGACACAUAGCUCUUUUCCUGAUUAACCGCUUUAAGACGGGGAUCAGGGAAUCUAUGGUGCUUCCAAACUGUGAGAGUGUAUGCAUUCCAUGGAUGUUAGCAGAGAAGGAUGAUUGGGUUCCGAGGAGUGUUGCUCCUUUUAUAUGGCUUAAUCAUGAAGCCAGUAGCGAUCAUACUGGUGCAUCUGAAUCUUUUAUUUCCCAAAGUGGGGAAGCAGAGGCCAAGAUGGAAGCCACUAAAUCAACAUCAGUUGAUCACCCAGAAAGCAAGCAUCAAAAUCCAAAGAACAUAGAUUGCAUUAAACAAUCACCCACUAUCCCUAGAGCUGUGUCGAUGCCCUCAACAACCUCUGCCAUUCCAUCUAUACAGAAUAGCAAGUCUUUACAAGAGCUAAGAACUCCUUUGCUGGAAAGUGAUAAGGUUCAGGAAACAGGCCAACAGAAAAAAGAGGAAAUCCCAGACUAUCAGUCAUCCCCUAGGUCUUCACCACUGGUACAAAAACGAAGUUGUGCAAUUGAGGAGUAUGAUUCAAGGCCAAAGAAAGGAGGGAGAAGGGCAAGGAUGCUUGACCUUGGGAAGAAGAUGGGGGAGAAAUUCGAAGAGAAAAGGCGACACAUUGAAGAAAAGAGUAGGCACAUUGUUGAGAAGAUGAAAGGGCCAUGAAACAGUUGGCAAAAACUAUUGAUAGAAACAGAAAUGCAAGGCAUCAGAAUUAGAGCCUUGAUGUUUUGUGCUACUUUUAAGAUGCUUAGAUUCCCUUGAUUAUAGGAUUUAUCUGGAACUCUUGCUUGCAGACCAAGAAUCCAUGCAUUCAGAGAUCAUGGAAGUGCGGGCUUAAGGAUUACAGUUUAGAAUAAAAUGUAUUUGAUACGUUCAAACUCUAUAAAGCCUUGUUUACACUGUAUAAGUACGAAGCUGUUCUUUGACUUGACUGUUGAAUGCCAAUAGCCAUUUUUUCAUGUAAAGAACUUCAUUUUUUCUUGUAUAAUACUUUAUUGGUGUUGUAAGCUCA